UGCUGACACCGCUACCUGUUGGAGAUUGGCGUCCAAGUGUUCUCAGGAGCCCCCGUCUUCCUUCCUUCCUUCCUUCCUUCCUUCCUUCCUUCCUUCCUUCCUUCCUUCCUUCCUUCCUUCCUUCCUUCCUUCCUUCCUUCCUUCCUUCCCGUCCCCUCCCGACAGGAGCACUUGUCGCGCCUUCUCCUCUCCCAACUCUCUUCUUCCGGCUGUUCCCGAUUAUCGCCGCGGCAAUUAAUUGACACCCACCCACCCACCAUCCCCUCCCGCUUUCCCUUUCCUCAGCUGGGAUGACUCUGUCGGGCAACCUGAGCGCCAGCGACAUGUCCGGCCAGACGGUGCUGGCGGCGGAAGAUGUGGACAUCGACGUGGUGGGCGAGGGGGACGACUGCCUGGAGGAGCGGGACAGCGGGGGCGGCGGCGGCGGCGACCUGGAGGCCGGCGGCAGCCCCGGCGGUGCUUUGGGUAGGCUGCCCGCCACGCUGGCCUUAGACGAGGCGGCCGAGCUGCUGAUGGCCAAAGAGUCGGCGGAGAUGAGCUCGGGCAGCAGCAGCAACGGCGGCGGCGGCGGCGGGAGCCCCGUCGAGGAGAAGGGAGGCGAGGAAGGCUCGGCGCCGUCCGCGGCGGCGGCGGCGUCGAGCGCUGCUGCGGCUGCUGCCUCCAGCGGCGGCAAGCCCAAGAGCAGCCUGGUGAAGCCGCCCUACUCCUACAUCGCGCUGAUCACCAUGGCCAUCCUGCAGAGCCCGCAGAAGAAGCUGACGCUGAGCGGCAUCUGCGAGUUCAUCAGCAACCGCUUCCCUUACUACCGGGAGAAGUUCCCGGCCUGGCAGAACUCCAUCCGCCACAACCUCUCGCUCAACGACUGCUUCGUCAAGAUCCCCCGCGAGCCGGGCAACCCGGGCAAGGGCAACUACUGGACGCUGGACCCGCAGUCCGAGGACAUGUUCGACAACGGCUCCUUCCUGCGCCGCCGCAAGCGCUUCAAGCGGCACCAGCAGGAGCAGCUCCGCGAGCAGACGGCGCUCAUGAUGCACAGCUUCGGCGCCUACAGCCUGGCCGCCGCCGCCGCCGCGGCCGCCGCCUCCUCCUCGGGGCCCUACGGCCGCGCCUACGGCCUGCCCCACGGCGCCUACCCGCACCCGGCCGCCCUGCAGUACCCCUACAUCCCCCCCGUCGGCCCCAUGCUGCCGCCCGCCGUGCCGCUCCUGCCCUCGGGCGAGCUGAGCCGGAAAGCCUUCAACGCCCAGCUCAGCCCCAGCCUGCAGCUGCAGCUCAGCAGCCUCGGCGCGGGCGCCGCGGCCGGCGGGGUCAAAGCCGAGCCCAGCGGCCGGCCUUCCUUCAGCAUCGAGAAUAUCAUCGGGGCGGGCGGCGGCGGCGGCGGGCCGGCCGCCAGCUCCUCUUCGGCCGUCAGCGCCCAGACGUUCCUCCGGCCGCCCGUCACCGCGCAGUCGGGCUUGCUGGCCCACCAGCAGCUCUCGCUGGCCAGGAGCACGGCGGCCAUCGCGCCCAUCCUCAGCGUGCCUACAAACCUCCUCUCCGGACAGUUCCUGCAGCCCGCCGCCUCGGCCGGCGCGGUCCAGGCCAAGUGGCCGGCGCAGUAGCUCGGCCGGCGGGCGAGCCAGCGCGGGACCCGCUCUCCCUCCCGCACUCCCUUCCUUCCUUCCUUCCUUCCCUCCUUUCCUCUCUUCGCCUUUGGCGCCGAUUCUGCGGAGAACCGAGCGGGUUCGCGGCCGCCUCCCGGUUCGCCACAGAGACUCCGUUCUCGCCACGGCCCUCUGCGGACUCGAUCGGCUCCGGCUGCUGCAUCUCUUGCCUUAGUCCGUGGCCUUCGCGGGGUAAAACCGGAGGCCUCGGCCAGCGCCUAGGAAAGGAGGGUUCUGACGCCGCAGGUAAAGCUGACCACGCAACCCGCGGCGACCUAUUUCUUCAAUAUUUGUAGUGGGGAGGGCGAGGAGGCGAUGACGGACUUUCCUUUGCGGUUAUUAUUAUUUUUUUUAAUGGUCCGUAUUUGGCAAAAAAUAAAAAUUUCAAAAGCGAAGGGAAAAAAAAAUUCAGAGAAAAAAAAAAGGAAAACGGAAAGUUGAGAACGCUCGAGCUAAGAGUCCCGAACUUUCACUUUUGUUGAAGGUUCUUAUUUUUUCCUCCGAUGAUUUUCUUUGAAAUAAAUCCAAAUUUGCAGCCAACGAUAAGGGAAGUCGUUUUAAUUAUGAAAGAACUGAGCAGAAAAAAAGGGGGAGAAAUACCCCCGUAAUUCUAUUAUAAAAGUCUGUUUAUAUAUGAAUGAAUAUAUGUAUUCUAAAUGUUAUUCCUUUGUGUUGUACACAGCUU